AGUGUAUCAAAAUUGAUAUUAUUUUGAGAAAAGAUCAUCAUCUAUUCUCUCCUGUCAUCACUCUUUUGUUUAGCUCCUCCAAAUAUUCUUACACCAGAGGUUUAGCAAUCUCAAUCUCUCUCUCUCUCUCUAUAUUUACAUAUUGUAUCUCUCUAACCCUUAUCACUUAUCAGCUACAAAUUUUAUUUCUUUGAAUUUAUUAAUGGGAAGAAUAAACCAAGAAAUAUAAAGAAGAAAUGGAGAACAUAUAAUAGCGUUUCGUUUUUCUUUAUUUUUUUAUAUAGAAGCCAUGGACAACACCUUCUUCUUCUUCCAACUCUAGCAUUCCCUUUGUUAGAUCUUAGUUCCUCAUAUUUUCCUAACUGGGUCCCCUUCAAAAUGGAAUAUUGGGUUGCGUCCUGAUUGAUGCGGGAAGGAUCCGAUGAUCCUAGAUUGGAUUUGACAAAGACCCACUUUGCCUUUGAUCGGGUUCUGUCAGAAUUCUCAUCUAAGAUAGGAUGGAAUCGGAUCUCGGUAAGCUCUUCAUUGGUGGUAUUUCUUGGGACACAGAUGAGGACCGUCUCCGGGAAUAUUUUGGAAACUAUGGAGAGCUGGUGGAGGCUGUGAUCAUGAGAGAUCGCACCACAGGCCGUGCCCGUGGCUUUGGUUUUAUUGUCUUUGCAGAUCCCGCUGUUGCAGAGAGGGUCAUCAUUGAGAAGCAUAUGAUCGAUGGCCGCAUGGUUGAAGCAAAGAGGGCUGUUCCUAGGGAUGAUCAACACAUCUUAAAUAGAAACACGAGCAGCAUUCAUAGUUCUCCUGGUCCUGGACGCACUAAAAAGAUUUUUGUUGGAGGGUUAGCAUCCACUGUCACGGAGACUGACUUCAAGAACUACUUUGAUCAGUUUGGUACAAUCACUGAUGUUGUAGUGAUGUAUGAUCACCACACCCAGCGGCCAAGAGGCUUUGGUUUCAUAACUUAUGAUUCAGAGGAUGCAGUAGACAGAGUUCUGCAUAAAACUUUUCAUGAACUCAAUGACAAGAUGGUUGAGGUCAAGAGGGCAGUCCCAAAAGAGCUGUCCCCUGGGCCCAGCCGGAGUUCUCUGAUGGGAUAUAACUAUGGUUUGAGUAGGGCCAACAACUUUCUUAGUGCUUAUGCUCAGGGAUACAAUAUGAGCUCAGUUGCAGGUUUUGGUGUGAGGAUGGAUGGUAGAUUGAAUACUCUUGCUGGUGGUCGAAGUGGGUUUCCUACAUUUGGUAGUACUGCUUAUGGAAUGGGUUUGAACUUGGACCCAAGUUUGAGUCCAAGCUAUGGAGGGAUUCCAAGCUUCAACAAUAGUCUUGGAUAUGAGCGUCUUUUGAAUCCCUACUACAAUGGAAACCAAAGCAGGUAUACUACUCCUAUUGGGUAUAGUGGGGGGAAUACAAGGAGUGAUUCUGUUUCGAGCUCAACUGCACGAAGCGUCUGGGGAAAUGGGGGCCUUAACAAUAGCACAAAUAGUCCCCGUCCAGGUGCCUACCUGGGUUCUGGAAAUGGGAGUUUUGGUGUUUCAUUUGGAAAUAGUGGACCUAAUUGGGGCACUUCUAUUAUAGCUCAAGGAGGGCGCAAUGCUUCUGGCUAUACUAGUGGUAGUAUGAGUUAUGGAAGUGGUGACAACAGUUCUGGGUUGGGAGGAGGUUAUCUAAGAAACAGCACAAGUAUGGCCCCACCAUCAUCAUUUGUUGCGUCAACUGGUGGUUAUGAGGGAUCUUAUGGUGGCUUGUACAAUGGUGGCUCAGUUUAUGGUGAUUCAGAUUGGCGGUCUACAACUCCUGAACUUGAUAGAUCUGGCCUCUUCCAUUAUGGACUUGGAGAAAUAGCCCCGGAUGUUACAGACAAGAAUUCUGAUGGUUAUGUUGGAACGUACAAUGCAAGUAGACAAUCAAAUAGAGUAUCUGCUCCAGGAAUUGCUGCCUAGGAGAUCUGUUACUUGGAUAUCACAUGCUAGCUGUAGGUGAAGGAAAUCCGGUAACGAAAAAAAUUGUGAAUGCCAUGUCUCCCUCUUGAUUACAUGCAGCUUAUGAGGAAACUGAUCUCAUCGUACUAACAUGGGUUGCUGGUUUGAAGCACAAGCAUCCAGGAAAACACAUUUACAGUGGUUUUUAUGUUAAAGGUUUGAUGUUCUAUUUUUUUCAAUAGGUAAGGUAAAGAAGGGAAGAAAAACAAAAAAAGAAAGGUUAGGUUUGUCCUAUGGGAUUUGAGUAAGGUGUAAAAUCAGAUUGCGGGAUAUAUACCAAGGAAGAUUAGUUUAUUGUAUUGUGCAUCUCAGGCGAGGCAAGCCAAACAAUAGAACCUCAGAAAUUAGAGUAUUAAGUUUCUUUCUUUUGAAUUUUUUUAUUGUUGUGUGCCUGGAGAAGUUGCUGAUUCUUGUCCUCAUAGUUUUAUUUUCCAUUUUUCCUGGGAAUUAAUUGUUAUCUCAGAUUGUAUGUGAGGUUCUUUUUUGAGUUACCAGUGUGAAACAUUUAAGGGAUGCUCGUCUAAGAUCCCCGUUAAAUAAGAUGCAUUGAAGUAAUUGAUUCUACUA